AUGCACCUAGUGGGGCUAGCAAGACAGGAUGAGACACGGAUAGGACAAGUGCACGGGAAAAUGUUGGGUCUGAUGUGGCUGAAACAUCGGCGCAAGCUCGAGUGCUACAACAGGCCAAUGGACCAUGGGCCAAUGUUAGAAAUAUCAUCGACUAUGAUGGAUGGGCCAGGAGGAAUAUUAUUUCUGAUGGAGGCGGGUGGGCCCAUGUGGGGAAUAUGUAGAGUAGAUGAGUGGGCCGAUGGACAUGGAUAUUCUAUAGAUGGAUGGGCCAAGGUAGUUGGAUAUUAUGUAGAUGGGUGUACCAAGACGGGUGGGCCCACAUAUUACAGUGACCUAUCUCCAUAUAAUACGAGGGAAUGGACGUGCAUAAUAUCCCGUAUGAUACGGGCCAGUGGAUCAUGGGCCCAUGAUAAAAAUAUCCUCGACUAUGACGGAUGGGCCGGGAGGAAAAUUAUUCCUGAUGGAGACGGGUGGGCCGAGGUAGUUGGAUAUUAUGCAGAUGGGUGUAUUAAGGUAGAUGUGUAUGAGAUAGAUGGGUAG